AUGGCUUUCCCACCGAAGUGCGCACUCCCUGCAUUUCUGUCUAGAUUCGAUGGAACGGGGAAUGCAGUCGAGCACGUAAAGAUGUAUACUAUGUCGCUGAUCCAGUGGAAGAACAAUGAUGUAAUAAUUUGUAAAUUCUUCCCGGCGAGCCUAGAAGGCGAGGCGAGAAACUGGUUCUACACACUUCCACCAGGGACAAUCAAUAACUAUGAGGUUCUAAUUGAAACCUUCCUCGAAACUUACAUGCAUAACAACAAACCUCGGCCUAGAGUCAAUAGAUUAUUCACCCUGGCGCGAAGGUUCAGGGAACCACUCGGAGCUUUGACUGAUCGGUGGAGAAAACUGUGUACAAAGAUCGGGAAAGUACCAGUCGAUCAACAGAUCUUUAGAUUUGAAAAUACGUUAGGGAAGUCGGACCCCAUCUGGAUAGCUAUGUUCACUGAAAAACCGCAAACAUUGAAAGAAAUGCGGAAAAUGCAAGAGCACUACAUCGCACUGGAAGAAAUUCAAAAGGAUUCGAGGGACAGGGGAGUGCAAGAGGCCAGUGCAGCAACCAAGGAAAGCACAGGCAAUGUCCCCAGACGGCUCGAGAAGAGACCAGAGCUACCAUCACGGGAAAAGGGGAAGAAAGAGUGGGUGGCGAAAGUAAAGAAGCCGAGGCACGAGACAAGAGCCUACACCCCCUUGAACGCCCCAUUAGAAGAAAUCUUCAAAGAGGUAGAGAAAAGAAACGACAUCAUAUACCCGGCAUCAAGAGGAGUGCAGUUUGAAGAAACCAAGGAUCACCCUGAAUAUUGUCACUACCACCAGUACCAAGGUCACUCCACUAAUAACUGUCGAGAGGUGAAAGACAUCAUGCAACAUCUCAUCCGAGAUGGAUACCUGGGGCGGUUUGUCCGACAAAUGCCACAGCCGACUACCGCGCCCGAUGCACCUAUCCACUAG